GGCCUGGCCCAGCUGGAGAUCCUGUGUAAGCAGCUGUAUGAGACCACAGACUCGGCGGUGCGUCUGCAGGCAGAGAAAGCUCUGGUGGAAUUCACCAACAGCCCCGACUGCCUGAGCAAGUGUCAGCUGCUGCUGGAGAGAGGCAGCUCCUCGUACUCGCAGCUCCUCGCUGCCACGUGUUUGUCUAAACUGGUUUCUCGAACCAGCAACCCUCUCCCGCUCGAGCAGCGCAUCGACAUCCGGAACUAUGUUCUGAACUACCUGGCGACGCGCCCUAAGCUGGCAGCCUUCGUGACUCAGGCUCUGAUCCAGCUGUACGCCCGCAUCACCAAACUGGGCUGGUUCGACUGCCAGAAGGAAGACUACGUGUUCAGGAACGUGAUCGCAGACGUGACUCGCUUCCUGCAGGACAGCGUGGAGCACUGCAUCAUCGGAGUCACCAUCCUGUCCCAGCUCACCAACGAGAUCAACCAGGCGGACACGACUCACCCUCUGACCAAACACAGGAAGAUCGCCUCGUCCUUCAGAGACUCGUCGCUCUUCGACAUCUUCACGCUCUCCUGUAACCUCCUCAAACAGGUGAGGCUCCUCCAAUGACAGGAGAUCAAACAGAAAUCCCACCUCAAACAGUUCAAGAGAUCAAACAGAAAUCACACCUCAAACAGUUCAAGAGAUCAAACAGAAAUCACACCUCAAACAGUUCAGGAGAUCAAACAGAAAUCACACCUCAAACAGUUCAAGAGAUCAAACAGAAAUCACACCUCAAACAGUUCAAGAGAUCAAACAGAAAUCACACCUCAAACAGUUCAGGAGAUCAAACAGAAAUCACAUCUCAAACAGUUCAGGAGAUCAAACAGAAAUCACACCUCAAACAGUUCAGGAGAUCAAAUAGAAAUCACACCUCAAACAGUUCAAGAGAUCAAACAGAAAUCACACCUCAAACAGUUCAAGAGAUCAAACAGAAAUCACACCUCAAACAGUUCAAGAGAUCAAACAGAAAUCACACC